UUCCGGCCCGGAGCAGGAAAUACACCACACGUGUGUUUGACUUUGAGCCGGCCCCGGUCAGUGCAGACAUGGAUGGCUUCAGCUCUGACUUCUCCCCCUCGGGGCAACAGUCCUCAGGCACCGGUAAGGUGGAUACCGGGGCGAUCAUGGAGCAGGUCAAAGUUCAGAUCGCGGUGGCCAAUGCACAGGAACUGCUGCAGAGGAUGACAGAUAAAUGUUUUCGAAAAUGUGUUAGCAAGCCAGGAAGCUCUUUGGAUAAUUCAGAGCAGAAGUGCAUUGCAAUGUGUAUGGACAGAUACAUGGAUGCCUGGAAUACUGUGUCCAGAGCCUACAACUCCAGACUACAGCGAGAGCGUGCGAAGAUGUGACAUGAGCCAGGACAUCUGCAUCCAACCGAACCCUGCACUGACUGGCCUCUAGUUCUGAUAAUGGGAAUACAACAGCCAUCAGUUUACCAUUCCAGAUAUGCAGAGAGCGGCUACCUGCAGUCAAUGGGUUCAAUUGUAAAU